GGCUGGCGGCCCACGGCCAAAUUCCCGACAGCUGUUGUGUUCGGUCGCCUCUAACCGCCGACGCCCUGCCCGUCGGCCUAGUUUCCGGACACGAAGAGAGAAAGAGAGAGGGGGAGAGGAGGACGCGGGGGGAGGGGAGAGAGAGUUCCUUCCACGCGCGGCUCUCUUCUUUGCUUCCUCUCGCUGCGUUCUGUUGCUUCUUGGGGAGAAAGCGUGCGCACUAACGAGGUCUUCUCCUUUGCUUUGCGGGGAUUCUUUUGCUUCUCUUUGGAAGGAAAUAAUAGGGAAUCGUUUUGGCUGGAUGCCGGAGGUUCUCCUGCUCGCCGGGGGAAACGGUUCUCUGUUGAAGUCUUCUCUGUUCUCCGAUGGCGGUGGGUACUACUUUCGACCAGUGGCGGAAAGAUGUCCUCUUCUCUGCGGCGGAGGCAGUCCAGGAAUCGGCAGACACAUUGGAAUCUAUGUAUAGGAUGUGGAUAGGAGAUCUUCGUCAUGGAUUUAAUUCCGAGGUCUCUCAUGAAUUGCGUAGGGAGCUCCAUACUGCUUUAGGCACUGCAAAGUGGCAGUUGGAGGAAUUUGAGAGAGCUGUCAAUUUGAGUCAUGAGAAUUGUUCAUCAGAGGAGAGUAUCAUCACUAGGCGUAGGCAGUUCAUAUAUGCAAUAGAAAACCAAAUUUGUCAUAUAGAAAAGGCACUGAAUGCUUCACUUAUCGAAGAAGGGAAGCAACCACUUCGUUGGGUGCAGUUAAAUGAGGAAGAACGAGAUGAUCUUGCUGUUUUUCUUUCUGCAGCACCAGAAAUUUUGCAAGAGACAAAAAACAAAAAUGUUGAUUAUAGUAGGGGUUCAUCUGAGUUAAGAACUAUAUCUGACUCUGCAAGUAUUUUUAAGGAUGCUGUAACAAUAAAUAAGGAUGUGAGAUAUGUAUUGGAAGUGGCAGCAAAAGAACCUUCUAAAAGCAAAGAUGAAGUGCGCAUUCAAGGAGAACGGUUGAAUGGGCAGAGGAGACCAUUGAGUUCAUCAGAUAUUGGUGCUUGGAAGAUUAUGAUAGCUGAUGAGGAGGAUGCAGAUAGAAAAUUAGUCGACAUGAGGCCAGAGACACCAAAUCAUGCAUCUAAUCUGUGUGGUGAUUUAAGGAGUGUUGAAUCCUCGACGAAAUUAAGGUGGUUUAGAAACAGCUUCUGGAAGGUUAAGAAUGAGGAGCAUCUUCAGUUUGGACAAGGUUUAUCAAAUUACCUCAACUUUAGGGGUAUAACCUGGUUUGCUCAGGGAAUCAGUGGGUUGACUGAAAGAAGCAGGGAUUGCUUUACUAGUUGCAAAGAAGAUUCUAAAGCUUUCAGUGUUCGGCAACUUUCUGGAAGGGUGAAUGGACUCCAACGGCAUAUACAGGGCUCACAGUAUCACAUGCAGUUUGGUCGUUCUCUCCAAGUCACUUUCUUGCUUGUGCUGAGUAUUGUUUUAAUUGUACCAUUUGUUCUCUACUCAACAUGAAGGGGCUUCUGUGAGCUGCUGGCUGAAGCGGAGGUACUUAUCCUUUCCUGUACCAAUGUGAGGCAGUAAAUUCAGUUGUCAUUAGUAGCAAACUAUUUCCCUGGUUAUCCAAGAGCCAAGUGCAGAGAUGGCAGGCUCUUUGUUUAGUCUGAUUCGAAACCAUCUCGGACAAUAUUUCAGGAGAUUCUCGUUGUAUUCAUAUUUUUGAGAGGUGUUUCUGCUCUUGUAGCUCUCAUGGAGAGCCUCAGAUAUCAACUCGAUUGUUCUUUAAGUAGCUUAUCGAAACCAUGAAGGGUGCACGUCACCUCCAUAUUUGGAGCAGUGUACUGAUAUUUUAGAUCAUGUAUAUCAGAUUUUUCAUCUGUAGGCUCUGUUCAGAAUAGUGGGAUUGCGGGAAAAAUUGCAUUGCACAAAACUUCUACCCC